AUGCUGAGCGCCUUCAUUGAUAUCAGAUCGCCUCCGCAGAACACCACUUCCAUGAUCAAUGGAUGGCCCAUCGGCUCUUCUCAAAGCCCCAAUGCUGGGUGUAACAGAGUUUUUGUCCAUGCUUUCUUCUGGCGUAUUUGGCUGGAGCGUAACUCAAGAAUUUUCCACGACGAUUAUGCCUCUUCCCUCAUGGUCUCCUUCAAGAUUGCUCGCCUCAUAGCUGACUGGUUGUGCGCUGGUAACAAGGUCGGGAGGAGCAUUGCUGAUGCGUGGAUGCACAUUGUCAAGUCUCGCCUUCUCCCUAGGCCGGAUCCCAUUGAGAAUUAG